GACGAAUCCAAUUUUAGUGAUCCCGAGGGAUUUGUUGACGACAUUACUGACGAAGAGUUAUUAGGUGAUUUUCUGAAGAAUAAACCUACUGAAACAGAUGGAGUCGAAUCUGUUAUUGUGGUGGAUGGCAUUCCACAAGUGGGGCCAGAUCGAUUUGAAAAACUUAUAGGUGUCAUUAAUAAAAUUUUUUCCAAAAUGGGAACUAUUGUUAAUGAAUACUAUCCUAAAACUGAAGCAGGUGUAACAAAAGGUUAUGUAUUUAUUGAGUACUCUUCUCCUCUACAUGCCUUGGAAGCAGUCAAGUUAACAAAUAAUCAUAAAUUAGAUAAGCAGCACACAUUUUUAGUAAAUUUAUUUACUGAUUUUAAAAAAUGCGAAGAAAUUUCUGAAAAUUGGGAACCCCCUGCACCUAGUAAAUAUAAAGAACAGGGAAAUUUACAUUACUAUCUUUUGGAUCCAGAUGCUUAUGAUCAGUUUGUCGUAACAAUUGGUAAUGGGCAAGCGUUACAAAUAUGGCUGAAUACUGCUCCGGAACCGACUAAAAUCGAGGAAAGAAAUAGAUGGACUGAAACUUAUUGCAAGUGGUCUCCAUUGGGUUCUUAUUUGGCAACUUUUCAUCGAAAGGGAUUGGCUUUGUGGGGAGGACCAACAUUUGAACAAGUUCAAAGGUUUAGCCACAUGAACGUUCAAUUUAUUGACUUUUCCCCGUGUGAAAAAUAUUUAGUAACAUAUUCACCACCGUCCCCUGAAUUAAAUUCUGAGCAAAAGGCUUUAAUUAUUUGGGACAUCAGAACCGGGGUGGAGCAACGAUCUUUUCCAAUGGAAAGCGGUCAAAAUUUAUGGCCUAUAUUUAGGUGGUCUUAUAACGACCAGUAUUUUGCAAGAAUCGUUGGUGAUGUUCUCAGUGUUUACACUACACCGACUUUUGGUUUAUUAGACAAAAGAAGUUUCAAAAUUCCCGGUAUAAGAGAUUUUAGUUGGUCACCAUCAGAUAAUGUAUUAGCUUAUUGGGUGGCGGAAAAUAAAGAUGUACCCGCGAGGGUAACGCUUUUGGAAAUUCCAAGCCGUAAUGAAAUACGACCUAAAAAUUUAUUUAACGUUGCCGAUUGUAAAAUACAUUGGCAAAAAUCUGGUGACUACCUUUGCGUUAAAGUCGAUAGGUAUUCGAAAGUGAAAAAGGAAAAGAACGAUGUGAAGUACAGCGGCAUGUAUUACAAUUUUGAAAUUUUUCACAUGAGAGGAAAGCAAAUUCCGGUUGACAGCGUAGAAAUAAAAGAAACAAUACAUGCAUUUGCUUGGGAACCCGUCGGUAAUAAAUUUGCCAUCAUACACGGGGAUGCACCCAACAUUAAUGUCAGUUUUUACGGCGUUAAAACGGGUCAGGCUCCUACUUUAUUGAAGAGAUUUGAAAAAAGAAAUUGCAAUCAUUUGUUUUGGGCACCCAUUGGACAAUUUAUAGUUUUAGCAGGACUUCGAAAUAACAUGUCCGGAGUUCUUGAAUUCAUAGACACAAAUGAUUUUACGUCCAUGAACGUGACGGAUCAUUACCAGUGUUCUGACGUGGAAUGGGAUCCGACUGGUAGAUACGUUGUCACGGCAAUUUCCCUUUGGAAAACAAAGGUCGAUACCGGAUAUAGAAUAUGGUCUUUUCAAGGCAAACUUUUAAAAUUAGUUUACUUGGACAACUUUUGCCAAUUCUUGUGGCGACCGAGACCUCCGACACUUCUCAGCGUUGAAAAACAAAAGGAAAUAAAGAAAACGUUGAAGAAAUACUCUGCGCAAUUCGAGAUGGUUUUCUUACAUGGAAAUGUUGAGAAAAAAGUUUUUCCUUUUUAA